CACACACACACACACACACUAAGAAACGCCCACCCAUAUGACCGGUAAAGUCAGUUCAAACUGAAAAACACGCUGCCUGCACGUAGACUAUUCCGGAGACGUCCAUGUGUGGAGCAGGGGAGCAGAGUAGGAGCCUUUACCUCUUGACUGAGCUGCAGAUUUGUUUUUGUUAGACCAACACAAGUAUGAAGACAGGUUGCAUCACUUUACAACUUUCCAUGAUUGAGUCCGACAUUUUUUUCUCCGUCGAUUCAAUCUGAGCUCAUCCACUAAUCGAGACGCGUCUCGGAAUCUGCUGAGUGGCUUCACUGGACGCUUUGGGCGAACAGGUGGCGCGAGCUUGUCUUAAUUUGUUAUUAAGGGCAAGACGCAGGCACGUUAAGCAUUUAAUACCCACCUUCAAGGUGGGAGCUGCGUCCUUUUCUCCCUCGUUAAAACGGGCCACUGGACAAGGGAGCUGGGAUGCCAGUUGCAGACAGCGACAUGGUAGUAGACAACAGCCACGGGGUUUAUGAGGGUACAACCCCAAAUGGUGCCGGGAAUGACAGCAUCCUCCCGGCCUCAUGCAGUCCUGCGGCGGAAAUGCUGAAGAACUUUUACCACACCAAACGGGUCGGGAACUAUCUAAUCGGGAGGAAGCUGGGAGAAGGAUCGUUCGCCAAAGUUAGAGAAGGUCUCCAUGCGUUGACUGGGGAAAAGGUGGCGGUGAAGGUAAUCGACAAGCGGAAGGCCAAGAAGGACUCAUAUGUGACCAAGAACCUGCGGAGGGAAGGCCACAUCCAGCAGAUGAUCCGCCACCCCAACAUCACGCAGCUGCUGGACAUCCUGGAGACAGACAACAGCUACUACCUGGUGAUGGAGCUGUGUCCCGGCGGGAACCUCAUGAACCGCAUCUACGACAAGAAACGCCUGGAAGAGCGGGAGACUCAGAAAUACAUCCGGCAGUUGGUGCUGGCCGUUGAGCACCUGCACAGAGCAGGAGUGGUGCACAGGGAUCUGAAGAUAGAAAACCUCCUGUUGGAUGAGCAGGACAACAUAAAGCUCAUAGAUUUCGGCCUCAGUAACUGCGCAGGUAUCUUGGGAUACUCUGACCCAUUCAGCACCCAGUGUGGAAGUCCUGCCUACGCUGCCCCAGAGCUGCUCGCCAGGAAGAAGUACGGGCCGAAGGUGGACGUCUGGUCCAUUGGUGUGAACAUGUAUGCGAUGUUGACUGGGAACCUGCCGUUCACCGUGGAGCCCUUCAGCCUCCGAGCCCUGCACCAGAAGAUGGUGGACAAGGAGAUGAACCCUCUACCUCCCUCACUCUCCUCAGCUGCUAUCUGUCUUCUGAAGAAGCUUCUUGAGCCAGAUCCCAACAAGCGUCCCAACAUCCAUCAGGUGAUGGCUGAUUCCUGGCUACAGCUGGCCAACAAGAACACAGGGGCACCGUACCUCAACAGGAUUCACAUUGAGGAAAUAAACCACACGGUGUUGCUGCAUAUGACGGAGAAGAUGACCUACAAGCACAGUGAGGUGCUCAGCGCCGUCCUCACCAACCGGGCCUGCCACACUCUGGCCGUCUACUUCCUCCUCAACAAGAAAAUGAAGAGACUCUCUAAAGAGUACAGGGAGAUGCAGUUCCAAGAAAAAAAGAAAGGAGAAAAGCAGAAAAGCGAAUUCUACCAGACCCAGUGGAGGAAGCAUGUGGACAAGCUCACCAUCCCCCCCAAGCAGACGCCCAUCUACCUGGCUGUUGCCAAGGGGCCCAGCAAGGAGAAGAAACACAGAACAGGUUUGUUGCGUGCCAUAACUGGUGGCCAUCGUAAUUCCCCUCUGGCACCACCUGGCACCGUCGCCUCUUCAUCCAUGGAAUAUCUAGAGAUCCAACCUCUCUUUUCCAACACCCCUAAGCAACGGAGGCGCUUGGCCACCCUCCCUCAAGUUAAUACGAGCCCAGAACACAACAUACCUGCCCCACCAGCACCAUCGCCGAUCGGCAUGCAUUCCUAUGGCUCCCUCUCCAAAGCCGAGCAAAUUGAAGACACCCCCACCUCCACCUCACCCUGGUACAAGCUGACCAACGGGACUCUGUCCCCACCCCGCCACGUCUCUGCUUUCCAACCUGACUCUUCGUACUUGAAGAAGGCCACAAUCCCCAGCCCUCCUGUGCUCAUUGUCAACCCACAGCCCAAGAAGAGCAUAUCGUCCGAUUGGGGCGGUUCUUCCGACACCAGCGGCAGCCCUCCCAGCACGAUAGGAAGCCCCCCAGGCAGCUCGGCUUUCAGCCCUCCGAAGUCCGCCUUCAGCCCCCUCAACCCCACCUCAGCAUUCAGUCCUCCUUCCAGCAGCGGCAGCAGCGAUCCCGACAGCCCGACACACCGCAGCAAGUUCCCGUCCAUGGGAAUUGGACAGCUCCUAAAGAAGAAGAUCCAGCUGCAGCCGUUCUCCUUCCGGCCAGAACAGGUCCUUGAGGAAGUGGUGUCCCCGCCGCCUUACCCCAUGCAAACUCUUCUCUGUGCUUCCGGUGCACUCAAGACCCUCUGCUGAGGGAUACACGAAAAAAAGAAAAGAAAGACUGAACUCAAGUGCCCACUCAACAUUUUGUUUAAGUUGAAGAGGUCUUCCAGAGCGGCCUUUUGAACUGUUCCUUUAUUGUGACUGAGCCACUUUUCUAGACAUUUAAAAAAAAAAUUAAAAAAGAAGAACAACAAAACAAAGAGUAUACAAUAUUGUAUCUCUAGUCACUGCUCUCAUUAUGUAAUAAGAGGUUGGUGACGCUGAAAAGAUGAGAUUUGAAACCCUGAGCAAUGACUAAACCUUGCUGUGGCCUAGAUGCAGAGUGGACAUGGGACAUCAUGUAAUACACACACACGCACAUACAUACACACACAACACUGUAUUAUAAACUGAGUUAAGACGUAUUCUCUUAUGUAAUAUUGCUGUAACUGGUUACUAAUUGAGCCGCAGACUGAUUCACACCAGCUAACAGAUCCCAACUCUUACCCUAACCCUGAUUACAUGUCUAAAUGUUUUGUCUCUGUGAAAACACUCACUGACUUCCAGCCAACUGGCACUGUAUCAAUGCUGACUGGAGGAAGAAGCUCACUGCACUAUUCUUAAAAAUCAAAACCUGUAGUAACAACGGUGUCUACCAUCUUUUACCUCACUGCAUUAUUCAUACAUCGCUGUGUCACAGCAGUCGAUUGUGACACGCUUGUGUGGAUUUGGCCACAGCGUUGCAGUGUCUGAGCGUCAGUAAAAAGAAGAGUCAUGCUCUUCCUUUGUAGCGCAUUCUCAUAAACUGAUAAUAUCCGUCACUUUUUAUAGUUAAGUGUUGCAUCACUUCCCACAGGUAAACUGUCAACGUCUUAGUUUUGACUUGCUCACAGCCUGUUCAGUCAGUUUUUGAAAAAAGAAAAAAAAAGAUCCAAAAGCCUUAUGAAACUUAUGAACCUCACAAAAGGCAAGGUGGGAGGAUCACGUAACAUCUCUGAAAAUAAUUCACUUCCAUUUGUCUUAAUGCUGUAGUCUGUGCAAUAGUCUUAAGUGUUAACUGCAAUGACAAGUAUUUGCCAAGAGCUCUCUGAGAGUGAUGUGACCAUUGUGCUUGUAAAUAACUGACUCCUGUGUUUUCUGUCACGUAUGCCGUUCUGUACGAAGCGAUUGUAAAAUGUCUGUCACACUGACAUUUUUAGCCGCUCCAUAAAACUGUUUGACAAAGAAGGUUUCCAUGGCAACAUGAGGCUUCUCGCUGUUAAGAUACUGUAGAAUCUCCAUCCAUCCAUCCAUCCAUUUUCAAUACCGCUUAUCCUCAUUAGGGUCGCGGGGGCGCUGGAGCCUAUCCCAGCU